AGCACCAAAUAGCUCCGAGAGCUGUCACAAGACAAUUUAUAAGGCGGAGCUGCACCGCGUGAGGUGAAGUACGGUACCUCUCCCAAACGGACUAGCGCAAUUACACGUGAGACGCCUUACAUGACUUACAUGACUCGCGGAUGAACUCUUCACAAGCGUGUUCACGUCUGCUGCCUGACGCAAAGAGCAGUUAUAGCGCGCAACCGUGACGCGCUUCUCGGAGCUUCAAUUAUCUAUCGCUCGAGAACGAGACUUGACUUACACUCAUCAAGAUCACCAUCAUCACCGGUGACUUGACGUCCAUCAAUUCCACUGUGGUGACACUCACGGACGCCAGCGACCAUGUCGGGCGAAGAGAUUGUCAUUGACAAGGCCAGCUUUCACAAUCGCCUCUCGUCGCUUAUCAAUCUUUGGAAAGGCGACAAGCGCAGUGGCAACAGCGUUUUCGGUGACGUUGGAAGCAUUGUGGUUGCCUGGGGGAAAAAUGAGCAAGAAGAUCUCCCUUUUAACAAAGUGACAGGCCUGCACGUCUGGCUGGUUGGCUACGAAUUUCCUGCGACUUUGUUUCUUUUCACGCCCGACAAUGUGUUCAUCGUCACCACAAAGAAGAAGGCGGCUUUACUGGAACCGCUGAAAGAUGGCAAAAUCCCGCUUGAGAUUAUCGUGCGCGGAAAGGAUGCCGAAGAGAAUGCAAAGCAGUUUGAGAAGAUCAAGGAGGCAAUCAAGAGCUCCGGAAAGAAGGUCGGCGUUGUCAAGGAGUCAUCGGUUGGGCCUUUCAUCACCGAGUGGCGCGACAACUUCAGCGAGAUGAGCAAAGAUGUGGAAGAGGUGGAGAUUAGCGCGGCGCUGUCCGCUGUGAUGUCUGUCAAGGACGAGAACGAGCUGAAAGCGAUCCGUAACGCCUCGACAGCAUCCGCAUACAUCAUGAAGGAUUAUUUCGUGGAGACAAUGUCCGACAUUCUGGACAAGGAGAAGAAGAUCACACACAAAGCUCUAGCUGAACGAGUCACGAAUAAGCUUGACGAUGAGAAGUUCUUCGAUCGGCUGAAGAUUGCAAAGUUUGAUCACUCUCAGCUGGACUGGAGUGUCUUGCCCGUGGUGCAAAGCGGCGGCGCCUUUGACUUGAAGUUCUCAAGCAAUUCGGACGACAACAAUCUCCACCAACCCGGUGUCAUCAUCUCUGCAUUCGGAACCCGAUACGAGACUUACAACUCGAUGAUCGCGCGAACAUAUCUUGUUGAGCCUAACAAGACCCAAGAGGCCAUGUACAAGCUUCUACUUUCAGUUCACGAAACAGUGCUCAAGGAGAUGCGCGAUGGCGUGACAGCCAAGGACGUCUUCAACAAGGCCAUCGGUGUGAUCAAAGCCAAGAAGCCGGAAUUGGUCGAGAACUUCGUCAAGAACGUCGGUGCUGGCGUUGGUAUCGAGAUGAAGGAUACGUCUUUUGUGCUCAAUGCGAAGAACACACGCCAAUUGAAGGAUGGUAUGACCUUCUACAUCACCACUGGAUUCUCCAACUUAAAGAACCCGUCGCCACCAGACAAGAAGGGCGCUACCUACGCAUUAGUUCUCAGCGACACCGUGCGCGUCACUUCUGGCGCUGAGGGCUUCUGCUUCACCAAGGAUGCACCACGCGACAUGGAGAGCGCAUCAUUCUUUUUCAAUGAAGAAGAGGAGGAAGAGAAGAAGCCCAAACCCAAGAAGGACCCUCGAGUCGGCGCCGUUGUCACAUCCAACAUCACCAAGACCCGCCUCCGAGGACAAGGCGCAGUGACCCAAAAUGAAGAAAAGGAGGCGACGCGCCGUAAGCAUCAAAAAGAAUUGCACGACCGCAAGCACCGAGAUGGCCUUGACAAGUACACAGAAGGUCACGGCAACUUGAACGGCACAGAAGAGAAGAAGUUCAAGCGUUUCGAGUCAUACAAGUAUGACAGCCAAUUGCCACCGAAGAUCAAGGAUCUUACAGUCCUGGUCGACCAAAAGAACAACUCCAUCAUUUUGCCUAUCAUGGGCCGCCCUGUGCCCUUCCACAUCAGCACCAUAAAAAACGCGACGACGAGUACUGAAGGUGGUUUCUGCUACCUCCGUAUCAAUUUCCUAUCUCCCGGUCAAGGUGUUGGUCGCAAGGACGACCAGCCUUUCGAAGAUCCACAUGCGCAAUUCAUUCGGUCGUUAACUUUCCGCAGCAAGGAUACCAACCGCAUGGAGUCAAACAAGGACCAGAUCACCGAGAUGAAGAAGAACGCAGCCAGACGUGAGCAAGAGAAGAAAGACAUGGAAGAUGUCGUGGAGCAGGAGAAGCUCGUCGAGAUCCGCAACCGUCGUCCGCACAGACUCGAGGGUGUUUUUAUGCGACCGACAAUGGAGAGCAAGCGCAUCGGAGGUGCUGUCGAAGUCCACCAAAAUGGUCUGCGAUACAAUCAUUUUGGCAGUCAGAAGAUCGACAUUCUCUUCAGCAACGUCAAGCACCUUUUCUUCCAACCCUGUGUUGGUGAACUCAUUGUCAUCAUUCACGUCCAUCUUAUCAAUCCUAUUAUGAUCGGUAAGAAGAAAACCAAGGAUGUCCAGUUCUACCGCGAAGCGACAGAGAUGCAGUUCGAUGAGACUGGAAACCGCAAGCGCAAGCACAGGUAUGGUGAUGAAGAAGAAUUCGAGGCAGAGCAAGAAGAGAAACGCCGACGUGCGCAGCUCGACAAGGAGUUCAAGGUCUUUGCUGAGAAGAUUGCCGAUGCUGGCAAGACCGAGGGUAUCUCAGUGGACAUGCCGUUCCGUGAUCUCGGCUUCAACGGUGUACCCAGCCGUAGUUCCGUCACCAUCCAGCCGACUACUGAUUGUCUGGUUCAACUGACGGAGCCACCGUUCACCGUCAUCACUUUGAACGACAUCGAGACAGUCCAUCUGGAACGUGUUCAAUUUGGUCUCAAGCAGUUCGACAUGGUCAUUGUCUUCAAAGACUUCACCGUACCUCCCGCGCACAUCAAUACCAUUCCCGUCGAGGCACUUGAUGGUGUUCGCGACUGGCUGGACAGCGUGGACAUUCCUUUCUCAGAAGGUCCCGUAAACCUCAACUGGACAACCGUCAUGAAGACCAUCAUCGCAGACCCACACGGUUUCUUCAAGGAUGGAGGAUGGUCCUUCCUUUCGACCGAGAGCGACGAUGACGAUGAUGACGAGGAAUCGGAAGAAUCCGCGUUCGAAGUCAGUGAGGAGGAUCUUGCGUCCGAUGAGAGCUCCGAAGAUGAGAGCGAGUUCGACGACGACGCCAGCGCCGAAGCUAGCGACGAGGACGAUGGCGAAGGUUCGGAUGACGAGGAGGGUGAGGACUGGGAUGAGCUCGAGCGUAAGGCGAAGAGGAAGGAUCGCGAGAGCGGAUUGGAAGAUGAGGACGAUGAUGACCGGAAAAAGAGCAAGUCAAAGGCAAAGAAGCGGUAAAUUGCACCAUCUCCUCCUAAGAUUUGGUGUGCUGCGAAGAAUAUGGUUUGAGUUUGAGGCUUUGGAAAUGGUCUUCGCAACUGUAUCAUUGCUGUUUCAGUACUGCCUUUGCUUCGUGUGUAUGGUUUCUUCUUCUUCCUCCCGG